AUGGCUCCCCCUUGUGGAAGCGAGAGGAGGUGGUCAAGGGCAGUAAAGAUGACCUUUUACUGCUUGUUCUUUCUCAUACCAAUGUCAUCAGCUGGAAACAGAAACAUUAACACCAUAUUUGGUAAGAAACAAAAACUAGAGGUCCAGCAGCAAUUAAAGCGCCUUAACAAGCCCGCUCUUAAAUCCAUCGAGAGCCCGGAUGGAGAUAUAAUCGACUGCGUAGACAUCUACAAGCAGCCAGCUUUUGAUCAUCCUUUGUUAAAAAAUCACACAAUUCAGAUGAGACCAAGUUCUUACCCAGAAGGGUUUUCAUUUGAUGAAAUCAAUGACGUCUCUUCAAACUUCGAGCCCGAAUUUACUCAGCCAUGGCACUUGAAUGGAAGGUGCCCAGAAGGAACUAUUCCCAUAAGAAGAACUAAAGAAGAAGAUUUAUUAAGGGCAGGCUCUGUAGCAAAUUUUGGAAGGAAAAAAUACCAUACCAACCCUCAUACUCAGAGUAAUAUCAAUCUAGAUAUCCAUGAGUAUGCAACGUAUAGUGAGACUUGGGAUAAGUAUUAUGGAAUGACGGCAGACAUGAACCUAUGGAACCCCUAUACCCAGGAAGAAAAUGAGUUUAGCAACUCUCAACUCUGGGUGGUAAAAGGUGAAUAUGGUCAAGAUCUUGAUACCAUUGAAGUCGGCGCGAUGGUUUACGAAGCUAUAUUUGGAGAUAAAAAUACUAGACUCUUCGUAUAUUGGACUGAUGAUGCAUAUCAAAGCACAGGUUGCUAUAAUCUGUUGUGCCCUGGCUUUGUUCAUGUUGACAAAGAGAUUGCAUUGGGUGCAACUGUCACCCCCUAUUCCAAGUAUGGUGGUAACCAAUAUGCACUCAAGUUCUACAUUUGGAAGGACGUUAAUGGACGGGGAAACUGGUGGAUGAAUAUUAACAAUAGAGUCUUUGGAUAUUGGCCAUCUUCCCUAUUCUCGAUCUUGUCUGAUAGUGCUUCAACAGUUAGAUGGGGAGGAGAGAUCAUAAAUUAUAAUUCAGGAGGGCAGCACACCACAACACAAAUGGGCAGUGGCCAUUUCGCAGAAGAAGGGCCCGACAAGGCUAGUUUCUUCAAAAAUCUCAAUGUCAUUGAUGGUAAACAAAUUCAAAGGGCUCCCCGAGACCCUGAGAUAUCCAUGACGAAACCCAAUUGCUAUACUAUCAAAGAUUAUGGAGGCUUCUUUUAUUUGGGUGGUCCGGGUAGAAACCCCAAUUGUCCAUGA